AAAGAAAAGCAGAGCAAUGGCAGAUUUUUUUCAAUCACAACAAAACAGAGAGAGUAUGGAUAUCCCUCCAAAUAUGUCAUCCUCCAUUGGUUCUCUGGCUGAGGAGCUUCAGUGUUCAGUAUGUCUGGAUGUGUUUACUGAUCCAGUCAGCACUCCAUGUGGACACAACUUCUGUAAGAGCUGCUUGAACCAGUGCUGGGAGAACAGUCAACAGUGCAGAUGUCCAUUGUGUAAAGAAACAUUCAGUAAAAGACCUGACCUCAAGAUCAACACAGCUCUUAGGGAGGUUGCACAGCUCUUUCAAAAAAAGUCCAGUUUGAGUAAAUCUGAAGUUCUCUGUGACGUCUGUGAUGAAAGAAAAAAGAAAGCCCUGAAAUCCUGCCUGCUGUGUCAGGCCUCUUACUGUGAAACUCACCUGGAGUUUCAUCACAAAAUCUAUUUAAAGAAACACAAACUGAUGGACCCUGUGGAGAAUAUAAAUGACUAUAUAUGCCAGAAACACGAGAGACCUCUGGAGCUGUUCUGUAGAGAUGAUCAGACACGUGUGUGUGUGUUUUGCACUGACGGAGACCACAAGACUCACAACACUGUUCCUCUAGAGGAGGAGAGUAAAGUGAAGAAGACUCAGCUAAUGAGGACACAGAAAGCCAUGCAGCAGAAGAUCCAGGACAGAAUCGAGAAGAUUCAAGGCAUUAAAUACUUCGCAAAACUCAGAAAAAAAAGCGCAGAGCGAGAGAAAGCAGCCAGUGUUGAGCUCUUCAGUGAUCUGAUACACUCCAUUGAGAGAUGUCAGACUGAGCUGCUGGAGAUGAUGGAGGAGACGAAGAAAGCAGCAGAGAAACAGGAUGAAGAGCUCAUUCAAGAGCUGCAGCAGGAAAUCACUGAGCUAAAGCUGAGAAGCACUGAGCUGGAUCAUCUCUUACACACUGAGGAUCACCUCCAGCUCCUACAGAUUGAUCCAUCCCUGUGCAGUCCUCCACACACCAGGAACCGGCCUGAGAUCAGAAUGAACACUGAUGUGAGUGUGGAGACUCUGAGGAGAGCUCUGACUCAGCUGCAGGAAACUCUAGACCAGAAACUCAGUCUAACUGUAUUGAGGAAGAUGCAGCAGUAUGCAGUGGAUGUGACUCUGGAUCCUGACACAGCUUAUCCAAAACUCAUUCUGUCUAAUGAUGGAAAACAAGUGAGACAUGGAGACAUUAAGCACAAACUCCCAGAUUACCCAGAGCGGUUUGAUAAGUGUGCCUCUGUCCUGGGAAAAGAGGGAUUCUUGUCAGGAAGAUUUUAUUUUGAAGUGCAGGUGAAGGGAAAGAAUAUGUGGGAUUUAGGAGUGGCCAGAGAAUCUAUUAACAGGAAGAGAAAGAUCAGAGUGUGUCCUGAGAAUGGAUUCUGGACUGUGGCUCUGAGGAAUGGUGAUGAAUAUUGGGCUUGUACUGAUUCCUAUGUCCUUCUGUCUCUGAGAGUGAAGCCACAGAAGGUGGGGGUGUUUGUGGAUUAUGAGGAGGGUCUUGUCUCCUUCUAUGAUGUAGAGUCCAGAUCUCAUAUCUACUCUUUCACUGGUCAGUCUUUCACUAAUCGACUAUAUUCAUAUUUUUGCCCCUUUCCUGACGAUACUGGUAAAGAUUCAGCACCAAUGAUCAUCUCACCUUUCAACUACAAUGGAUGAAUUUACAACCCAGAUAGUGAAAUAAACAAUGAAAACAAAGCAGUGUAAUACAUUUUCAUCUGAAAGUCGGAUAUGUUGUAUGCAGCUGCUAUUAGUAAAAUGAUAAAAUGUUAAUAUCAUAAUGUUUUCUAUCUGAUGUUUUAGCUUUGAAAAUCUGUUAUUAUUGUUAUCUGUAAAAUUGAACUUUACAGCUCGAAUUAACGUUAACGGCAGUAAAACACCAUCCUGUAUCCCUUUCACACAUAGGCUA